GAAAUUUAUUUAUGGUUAAAAAGAACAGGAAUUGGAGAUGAAGAAAUUACUUUGGGUUGGAUUUUUAUAAGUAAACUCCCGAAUGCAUGAACUCCAAAUAAGAAACUGCACUCCGAAAUGAGAUUAAGACUCUACAAAUUCUAAGAUACCCUAGAUUGUCACCUUAUCAGAAAAAUCUCGUGUAGUUCCAAAAUUGUUGCUUUUCUUAAAGAAGAAGAAAACCGUGGAAUGAAAUAUGUUAAUUACACUAUGGGAGUUUUUGCUUAAAUUUGUUCAAAUGAGAUUCUGUAGUUGCUAAUGAACAAGAGUUAGGCUAAGAUAACUUUAUUUAGUGUAGUUUUGGUUCCGCCAAUGAUUGUUGUUUAGGCUUUUGUCAUUCUCAGCUUUUUUCUCUUGGCACUAGCUUUCCAUGCCAAUUCCAAGCUCCAAUUCUUUAUUUUUGUUUCAAAAUAUCUGUCCUCUCAAUGCGCAUAUAUGGACAUGAAAAUAUGAUUCGUAUUCGAUACUCUGUUUAAAUUUCUCCUCCUGCAUCAGUCACUUGGCACCCCAAGCUUUCUUCAGUGAUUACUCAUACUAAACUACUGAAGCAGCAGAGAUUAUUGUUUAGCUUUUGUUCUCUUGUUAUGGAGUUCUCACUCUUUGUGCUAGAGAUGUGUUUCACAAUUACAGCAUUACUAUGUUAUCCAGUGUGUCUACAGGGGAAUCCAAAUGCAUCCCCGUUCCCCAGUAAUUUCCUGUUCGGAACAGCCUCUUCAUCUUAUCAGUUUGAAGGAGCAUUCUUGAGUGAUGGCAAAGGCCUAAACAAUUGGGAUGUUUUCACUCACAAGCCUGGCAAUAUUAUGGAUGGAAGCAAUGGAGAUACAACUGUUGACCAUUACCAUCUAUAUCAGGAAGAUUUGGAUUUGAUGCAAGACAUUGGGGUCAACAGCUAUCGCUUCUCCAUCUCAUGGGCAAGAAUCCUACCUAAGGGAAGAUUUGGAAGUGUUAAUAAAGCUGGCAUCCAUCAUUAUAACAAGCUCAUAAACAGUCUUCUCCUUAAAGGGAUCCAACCCUUUGUGUCAUUGACUCAUUACGACAUUCCUCAAGAACUUGAAAAUAGAUAUGGGGCAUGGUUAAGUUCCCAAGUACAGGAAGACUUUAAGUAUCAUGCAGAUAUAUGCUUCAAAUAUUUUGGAGACAGGGUGAAGUAUUGGACUACCUUCAAUGAACCUAAUGUUGCUGUAAUAAGGGGCUAUAGAUCAGGGAUUUACCCACCUUCUCGUUGUUCAAGCUCAUUUGGGAAUUGCAGUAAUGGGGAUUCUGAAAAAGAGCCUUUCAUUGCAGCCCACAACAUCAUCUUGUCACAUGCAGCUGCUGUUGAUGUUUACAGAACCAAAUACCAGAAACAACAAGGAGGUAGCAUUGGAAUUGUCAUGAAUGCCAUCUGGUAUGAACCUAUAAGCAAUUCCUUAAAAGACAAACAAGCGGCUGAGAGAGCCCAAGCUUUCUACAUGAAUUGGUUCUUAGAUCCAAUCAUAAUGGGGAAAUAUCCUAAAGAAAUGCAAGAAAUCCUUGACUCCAAUUUGCCUUCAUUUUCAAAUCAUGACCAGGAGAAACUAAACAGUACUGGACUUGAUUUUAUUGGUAUUAAUCACUACACCUCUUUCUAUACAAAAGACUGCAUGUUUUCAGUGUGUGAACAAGGACCAGGAAAUACCAAAACAGAAGGUUUUGCCUUAAGAACAGCUACUAAAAAUGGGGUCUUCAUAGGUGAAUCAACUGCACUUGAUUGGCUAUUUGUUCAUCCUCAAGGAAUGGAGAAGAUAAUAACAUACGUAAAAGAGAGGUACAAUAACAUCCCAAUGUUCAUUACAGAAAAUGGGUUUUGUGAGAAUGACAAGUCGGAUAGCCUUACAGAAGAGACAGUCAAUGAUGUGAACAGAGUGGAAUACAUAAGUGGCUACAUGGUUGCCCUUGGAGCAGCUUUGAGGAAAGGAGCAGAUGUACGAGGGUACUUUCUGUGGUCCUUGUUGGACAAUUUUGAAUGGACAUUGGGAUUUACAAUUAGGUUUGGCCUUCACCAUGUUGAUUUCUCCACUCUCAAGAGAACACCAAGAGGAUCAGCAACUUGGUACAAGCAGUUCAUUGCCAACCAUACUGCUGAGAAGAUUUUAAUGCCUCAACAUUAUCCAGGGAAUCAACUGGGACAACAUUUCAAUACCAUUUGAAAAACUUUGUUCAAACUUUAUCUUAUUAGAAUUGGUCCAUAACCAAUGAUCAUGGCCGCUGAUUUCUGAACCCUGAGAAUUAUUUAUUGGAAAUCUAGAGUCUGCUAUUAGUGCUAAAGAAGACAAAAAAGGGUGCUAAAUUCUGUACAAAGCAGAUUAUUUGGAGUUAAUAUGCAUCUUAUCAUCGAAGUUUUCAAUUUCA